AUGCCGAUGCUGGUGCCUUGUUUCCCUCGGCGUGCCUGCGUCGGCGAGCAGGUUGGCAAUCACCUCGCCACGUCCGGCGCCCGGGCGGAACUGCCAGGCGUGGUUGUCGUACACCACGCCGACGCCGUCGGGGAGCAGGUUUACAAGCACAUCGUCGCGUCCGACGCCUGGGCGGGGGAGCUGCAGCACGCGGUGGCCGAAGUUGUCGUAUACCGCGCCGACGCCAUCGGGGAGCAGAUGGACCUCGCCGCGUCCGGCGCCUGGGCGAGGCUGCAGCUGGUAGUGGCCGUAGUUGUCGUGCACCGGGACGACUCCCUCGGGGUCGGGGAGCUGCAGGCCGGCGACAAGGACCUCGUCGCCCGGGCCGGGCUGUCGCCAACGACCAUGCCGGGGCCGGGUUCGCCGUGGAACACGGCGACAAACAGCUCGCCACAUCCUGCGGCGGUGCGGACAAUGCGCGGGAAAUCGGAGUUGUGGUACACCGCGCCGAACUGGCCGUUGAAGAUGUCGCGGUGCAAGAGUUGGCUGUCGAACGUACCGGUGUGGACGUGGGCCUCGCCUCCAUGGACCGCGCCAGCCAUGACGAGCUCGGUGGACUCCACCACCGUCGUCGGCCUCGCCGUCUCGCCUCCGUGGUCCAUGUUCCCCAGCUCCUUCUUCUCCGGCAACGCGAACACCCGCACGGAGCGAGUGGUGAGCUUCCGACCCGCUUUGGUUGCUCGCUUGCUUGAGCUGUAG